UCUUAACCCUGAGAUCCCAACAUAAAAUGUCCCAGCGGGCGACCAAACAAUGAUCCAUUACUCACUUCGCCAUGGACCUCCGCUCAUCACCGAAGCGGCGGUCCGCCGAAUCGAUGCCCGGUGGGACCACGGCGCGGCGGAGCUCGCGAGCCAGGCUCGACACCCCGCCCAGGGGCACCAAGCGGCGCCGCGUCCACUCCGGAGACAGAACUGAGUUCAGCGAAACCAGCGGCGACAGUGGUGACAGCGAAAGCGACGGACAUGACUACGACGACGAGCUGCCCGGCCACCCCCCCGACUCCCUCAAAGACCUUCGAGACCCGCUCAUGGACAUGUUCGAGGAUAACCAGCUCAUGGCAAUCCUCGCCAGACAUCUGUCUGCCCGCGUCGGCGGCGUCGUCCGGCGCAGUAUUACCAAGGGUGUUCGGGACGUCAUCGAGCAUCUCGACUCGGGCAGCUCCGAAGGAGCGCAGGGGGCGCAGGAGGUGCGCGAUCUGCGCCAGGAGCUGACGCGUGUCGAACGUCGGAUCAUAGACACCCUCAGCGCCGACACGGAGGGGAGGCAGAAAGCGAUAAAUGAUAGGCUUGACCAGGUGUUCAUGAGCCUCCAGAUAAUGCAGGGCCGGCUGCAGCUGUUGGAGAAGACCGUGGCGAAGCUACGCGAGGACGCGUACGAUCAAGCGCAGAUGAUCAACUCGACUAUUGCCGUCUCGCGUCCGCCAUUAGCCAUGAACAGCGACAGCGAUGACGAUGGAGGAAGCGAGCGUCCCACCCUGCCCAGCUUUUUUGGCGACCCCUGGUUCUUUCGACAACCCGUGAGAGGCGACCGCGAAGAGAGAGAUCAAGGGUGCUCGGAGGCCUGUUGCACGGGAUCGGACAGCGACUGCUCGGACGCAGAGAGCGCCGGCCGCCCAGCGAACUCACGCCCAAAGGACAGCAGGGCACAAAACAUCAGCGUCUUCCCUAUGUCCACCGCAUCGUAUGACGACGUGAACUCACCGGAGGGUCACUACUCCCUCCCCGUUACAUUGUGUUUGGUCAUCGAAGACAUGACCUGCCACAUGCUGAUCGACGGGCUCCAAUCCCCGUCCAUUCCCAUGUACUCUGGCCCCUCGUUGAUGUGGAUUCUGCGCACCCUGGGCGGUGUCAUGAAUCCCGGCAAGCGGGUCGUGGCGGCCAAAUGUAACGAGUACCCGCACGACGCACACCUCAACAGCCUUUUCGGUCCCGCGCCGCGCAGUGUUCCGAUCGUCAUUCCCGAGGACACAAAAGUCAGCUCGCUUAUCCCCCGUUGCAGCAAAUCGGUACCGCCAACAAUCAAAGUCGCGUUCGUAUUGCGCAUGCGGCCGAUGCGGAGACUUAUCUCGUAGCGAAAUGAAGAUGUAUCCGUCCGUGCACAGUAGCAGGAUGGAUUCUCCGAACUUCCUUCCUAUCAUGUCGCCUGGUCUCAUCUCAUCUCAUCUUCUACGGGGCCUGCCCGGCGCUGAUGCACGCCCCCUCCACAGCCAAAAGGAGAUCUCGACAACUGCAUGAUUCGAACAUGCGCUCCCGAAGGAAAUU